GUCUGUCUCUUCAUUCCAUUCGUUUCUUUUUGUUUUGUGGAUCCUUCCUUUCAUUUUUCAUUUCAUUCUAAUCUUCCUUCAUUGAAAAAAAUAAAGUCCAAGUUAUUACCAAAAAUGGCAAGCGAUCCGAAAAAAACUGAUAAAAAGUCCCCCAAAGGUCCAGACCCCCAAGAGAUAUUAGCUGGCUUUCAAUCGUUACGUACAGAUCAGAGAUUUCUCACAUCUAAACUGGCCGAGCUAGAAUUAGACCAAAAUGAACAUAAGAUGGUAAUUGAAACCCUCAAAAAUGUGAGUCAAGAAAGAAAAUGCUUCAGAUUUGUUGGAGGUGUAUUAACAGAGAGAAAGGUAAAAGAUGUCCUACCAGUGCUGCAAAGUAACUCAGAAAAACUAAAAGAAAUCAUAGAGAAGUUAGAAGAGCGAAUAACCAACAAAGGGCAGGAAAUUAACGAAUAUCGAGAAAAGUACAAUAUUAGAUUUAAGGGCUUAGAUAAUCUUAAGGAAGAAGAGGCAGUAGCUUCGCAAGCAGGUGAAUCCUCACGUGGAAAAGUGUUGGUGUCGUAACAUUACAUAGGGAGAAGUUUGUGAUUUUAUUCUUUUUUUUUUGCUUUUUGUUUCAAGAGAAUUUUAAUUGUGAGGUUAUUCUCAUGCAGCACCAAUAAUAGCUAAAUGUAUCUCAUAUUAAGUAUGUAUAUCAUUAGAGUUGGCUCUUUUUGACUCAACUUGAAAGUCUAAAAGCUAAAAUGAUUAUGUAUAACUUUCAUCACACAAAUAACAACCAUUUUUGAUUUGAAUAUGCAGUUUGUUAUAACUAGGAAGCUAGAGAGUAAGAAUGCAUAAAUGUAUUUAGAAUUUUUCUUUUCUACUAAUAAAAUUGUCUAUUGCGCCUUUUAAAAAUGUUAGUUGAUUGUUUUUACUUAAUUAUUAAUCAAUGCAAUGCCUACCAAUUAAAUUGCUUUAAAUCUAAUGACACACUAUUUUCUUUUAUUUGGAAUUUAUCAA